CCUGCCUGCUGCCUGCCUCAGCCUGCCUGGCCCAGCCUGGCGCGCAAGUUCCAAGUGAAGCCCUGGCCCUGACGGCUGGCCCUGCCUGCCGACUGCCGACCCGGUGCGUCGCGUCUUCAGUCAACCACAGACCGGUCUGCGCAGAGCGGCGCAGAGCCCACGGCGUCGGCGUCGUCGCGAGUGAGCUGCACGCAGUGCCCCGCAGUGCCACGCAGUGUUGGACGCAGAGCGCGCAGAGCAGCUGCAACUGCACCGACGGACUGCGCGGUGCGUCGCCAAGUCGCCAACCUUGCCGGAUUUGCUGCGGUGAAUCGAGCGAGCGACGGCCAAGGCCCGAACAAGAAUGGUCACCAUCAACGAGGAGUUCGUGGCCAACGAGCAGAUGAACAACUGCUCCGACCAGAUGGCGCCCACCAUGAUAUCGUCCACGCCGUCGUCGUCUCCGCCCGUGGUCGCCCCGAUGGCCCUGGCGAAUGACUUGGGCUCGUCGUCGGAGGACGAGAUGCCGGACUUGCCUGCCCCCGCCCCCGUGGAGCAGCCCAAGUCUGGCAAGAAGGACAACCACAAGAACCAGAAGUCCAAGCAGAAGCGCCCCGCCGACGCGCAGAAGCCGGCCGCUAAGUCGCCUCCCAAGAACCACGUCUCCAGCCCCGCCAGCCCCGCUCCGGCCCCUGUUCCUUCCGCCCCGCCGGCACCAACCCCCGCCCCCGCGGCCCCCGCGGCCCCCUCAGCUCCUCCAGCGCCGGCCGCCACCCCCGUGCAGCCCCCGCAGCCCCCGGUGUCAAACAACUCGCACGCUGGCGUGGCCCACAAGCAGAAGCCGACGGCAGCCUUCCCUCACAUGGAGGCAGUGUCCCGCGUGCUGGCGCUCCCCGUCGUCGAGUCCGGCGUCAGCAUCGUCUCGGGCGUCUACAGCAAGGUCAAGAACGUGAACCCCGUGGUUCAGUGGGGCCUGGGCACCGCGGAGGGCGCGGUCAAGUCCUCCAUCGGCCGGUCGCUGUCCCUGCUGGGCCCACUGAGCGGCCCCCUCGCCGUCGUGGACUCCAUCUUGUGCCGCGGGCUGGACGUCGUGGAGCAUAACGUGCCCAUCAUCCACAUGCCCCCCGAGCUGCUCAUGACCGUCGGACGGGACUACAUGUCGAUGCGGGUCGUGGCUCCGGUGCUCCGCAUGACCGCCACCAACGCUCGCAUUGCAGACACGCUGGCCGCCCGCGCGCUGGACUCCGCCGACCAGUACGUCGACAAGUACCUACCGGGAGACGCGGCCACCGAGAAUGGGGAUGCAGUUGGAGCUAAUUUGGCCAAAGGAGGAGCAGCCCUGCAGCGUGCUGAUAGACUGUCUCGCAAACUUCAGAGGAGGAUCACCCGCCGCACCCUGCUGGAGGCUCGUGCUCUGCGGAAGGACACUGAGAAUACCCUUCACACUCUUGUCUACUUUGCUGAAACACUUGUGAAGGACCCACGUGCAUUUGUCGAACAGUGCCGUGCUGUAUGGAAACAUCUUAGUGAAAAUGAGCCAGAAAAUCAAGUCCCUCCAGAGACCUUGGAGGAGCGUUUAGCAUUGCUGGUGCGGGAGGUGGCCCGCCGGGUGGUUCACCUUGCCAACUACACUGCGGCUGGUGCCAACACCAAGACCGUCUCUGUCGUGGCCAACAGUGUCCUGAAAUCAGUGCGGGUGGAGGGUGACAAGGUAUUGACCUACGCACAAUCUCAACUAGAAAGACUUCACAUGCGUCAGAUGCUGGGGGAUGUCAACACUUACACUCACCAAUUACUGGAGCGGCUUGCCCUUUUGUUGGCUGGCCUGAGAAAUUCUUCUCACAGCAUGCGUCAGCCAUUCCCUCAUGCAGGCACCAAUAACAUCGCUAUUGUAAAUUAAUUAGGAAUCUUGUUAAAAAUAGAAUUCCAUCACAUUGUUAACUGAUGCAUGUCUCUGUGGUGCAAUCAUAUCCAUUUUAAUUUAUAGAUGUGCCCCGUUUGAGUGUCAGCUUCAGAUAACUUCAGUAAAUUUGACUUCACUAAGUGCAAGUCAAUUUUUUAUGGACUGAAGCACAAUUGUGUAAUACUUUGUGCUAUUUUAGUUUUAGUUAGAAUUUUACAUUGUAGUUUUCCUUUUUUACUGUCAAACCUGUAGUGGUGCAAUUUUAUAAAAUUUUUGAAGAGCUAAUUAAUUGUCAAUACUCCUACCCAAGAAAUGUAAUUACUGAGAUAAGGAGUCAAGAUUUGAGUACUGGCUUUAGAGUACUAAAAUGAAGCAGUAUGCUCCAGGCUUUGGAGACUGUAUACUUAAUGUUUAAAGUAAAGAAAUUGAACAUUUUUAUUGUACCUGUAUCUUCAAUGAUGAAAUAAUAAAGACUAAACUGGA